AUUGAAAUCUCUGUCCAAAUUUAUCUAAUAAGAUUAUCGGAAUGUGAAAGAAUUCAAAUAGAGCCAAAUGCAUAUAGAAGAUUCAAUCGAACUAAUUUAAUUAGUUUUCCUACAUCAUCUUCCUUCUCAAUUAUUCAUAUUUGAUUUAUCCAUUUUCUUUGUUAUUAUCUCAGAGAUUUUAAUCAAAGGUAGAUUUUAAUGGCUGUAGCUUCUGAUCAAGCCACAACCAUCUGCAGUCACUGUGACAGAGCGAUUCCGUCUUCCAAUCUUGAUUUGCAUGUUGCUCACUGCUCCCGGAAACUUGAAAAAUGUAAAAUCUGUGGGGAUAUGGUUCCGAAAAAACAUGCAGAAGAACAUUUCUUGAGCACUCAUGCUACAGUAACCUGUUCUUUGUGUAGCGAGACAAUGGAGCGUGAGGUACUAACUGUUCACAAAGGUGAAAAUUGCCCACAAAGGAUUGUGACAUGCGAAUAUUGCGAGUUUCCUUUGCCUGCAAUUGAUUUAUUUAAGCAUCAGGAAGUUUGUGGGAAUAGAACAGAACUCUGUCAUCUGUGUAGCAGAUAUAUUAGACUCCGUGAAAGAGAUGACCAUGAGAGUAGAUGCAAUGGAGGCACAAAUAUCGUUGCAGAAUCUUCCAGGAACAUUAGUCGAGCUGAGAGAGAUCGUGGUGCUCCUAGAAGGCAGCCACAUGAGUUUUCCAAGAAGCGGCUUCUAUUUACAAUUGCAAUAACAGGCGUUGCUGUUUUGUUUGGCUCACUCAUUUUCCAGAGGAAAGUUGAAAACAGUCAAGUGCCGUAGCAGCUUUACUGUAAUUGUUUAUCUUACUAUCAGACAAGUUGAUAUAAGGAUAUCUGCGUUUCUAAUUCCUAAUGUACCUACAAGCAAUAUAAUGAACAUGCAAAUCAAAGAUGAGUUCCACUAAAAUUGUAUUUUUAGUUGAUCAAAAUAAUGUAAUCGCCUUCUUGAAAACAUCCCAUCCAUGACAAAAAGAAGAGCAAACUCUUGUAGAAGCUGUGGAACGCAAUGAUUUAUUUGGAGUCA